UGCGGUCCCAGGGAGCCCGAUGAACGACGCGUCCGCGACUGACGCGGAGGCCCCGCUGCGUGGCUUUGGGAGACUUCCAGGGCGUCGGGAACAGGAUGCCUCCCCCCUCGUCCCCGGACGGGAAUGGUUCCGGCCGCGGCCGCCGCUGCGCGCUGGUUGUUGUCGGCUGCGCGCGUCGGGCGCACGUCGCUAGGGCCUGGCUGCGCGGGUGAGUGGGGCCGCGCGGGGUCCCCGCGGCGGGGACCGCCUGAGCUCCUUGGAUUCCCGGCUGAGAAUUCACGAGGGUCCCAGGUGCACCGCGCGCCCCCUCAGACCGGAUGGGGAGGGGUCGCUGGGGGCUGCAGCCCACGCCUGCGAGCCAAGGUGUGACCUACACAUGUGAGUUCACCUUGAGAAGCUUCAGUGUUGUCAUCUGUAAAAUGGGACACCCUGGCGGCAAGGCCUGGCGGGCAGAGCACUGUCACCUGGGACCAUGAGCAGCAUGAAGACGCCCGUGGAGGUGGCAGUCAGUGGGAUGCAGACUCUCCACCUUCAGCACCGCUGCCGGGUCAAGGCCAGGGCGUCUUAUGUGGAUGAGACUCUUUUUGGCAGUCCUGUGGGGUCCCGGACCAUUCCACCAGAAUUUGACCCACCCUGGGUGGAGAAGGCCAGCAGAACCAGGGGAGUUGGCUUGGAGGCACCUCAGGCCUCAGGGGCCAACAGGAGCCGUGAGACCCCCCCCUCCAGGGGCAGCACCCCCACCCUCACACCAAGGAAGAAGAGCAAAUACAGGUUGAUCAGCCACACUCAAUCUUACUGUGAUGAGUCGCUGUUUGGUUCCCGACCUGAGAGUGCCAGCUGGGAAGCCCCGUGGAUGGCCAGGGGGGAUGCUGCCAAACUCCGGGCCCUCUUCUGGACACCCCCAGCUACCCCAAGGGGCAGCAACUUGCCCCGCCCCAGGGAGACCCCGCUUCGGGCCAUUCACCCAGCUGGUGCCUCGAAGACAGAGCCUGGAGUGGCGGCAGACUCCGGGAAAACACCCGUGGAUGGGUUACCCUCUCCACGCCCUCUGAGGCGGGGGCGGUCCCGUUCCCUCACCCACCUGAGUGUCCCCAGCCCUGACCACCCACCCUCCAGUGCCCCACACACAAAUGGACCUCAGGACCCCAGGUCUCCCCGAUCAGGGGUGACCUUCCGGAACCCCCUGGUGACUCCCAGGGCUCGCUCUGCCAGUGUGUCAGUGCCAGCCACACCCCGGCGGGGUGGGACCUCCCAGAAACAAAAGCCCCCUUGGAAGUGAGGCUCCUCGUCCUUCAUCGGGUUUGCCCAUGGGGUCACGGUGAGGGGCUCAGCACUGGCAAGGGGCCUCUUGUCGGAAGGGCCAGCUACCCCCAGCCCUGGCCCUGAGGUUCCCAGGCAAUGGAGAAGCACCUAUAGGGACAGAAAUGGCUAGGUGGGCAGUGCCUCCCUUUAGGCUGACAGUCUGUACUUGCUCCCUGCUUUUCCUUGCCCCUGAUGAGGAUUGGGGGCUGCCCCUUGAGAUCACUCCAUAUCUGUGCCAACCUGGGGGCCCCCUCCCUUCCCUGUCACUCCCACAACAUUGUCUUGCCACCUAGUGUGAAUAAAUGGUGGGAUUGCCAACCUGGGCCAGAGGAUCCCUUCCCUUCCCAGCAGGCUGAGCUUCCUGUUUAGAUUAGUUUCCAACUGAGUGUGGGCGCCUCGGAGGAGAUUUUCCCGGGCAUGGUCUGUGGACCACAGGAGAAUGCAAGAGCAUCUGGGGUGACAUGUGGGUGACCUUUCUGUUAUUUUAAUAGUCAUGUGUUUAUUUUCUUCUAUUAAAUAUAUCAGUAGCUCAGCAAA